GCGGUAAAUCGCGGUCGUCAUGAAAGAUGGCCGAACACAGAGGAAACAUACGCUGUUGUUUUGUAGUUUGUUUUGUUUUUUUCCUUUCUUUUAGACUUUCUUAUGGCGUUUUAUAUUCGUCAGCCGAUCAAAUGGUUCUUUUAGAAAACGAUACAAUCUCCAGUGUAAUUCAUAAUAGCCCAUCGGCUUGGGUAGUAGAAUUUUAUUCCAGUUUUUGCGGACAUUGUCAUGCGUUUGCUCCUACAUGGAAGAAGCUGGCAAAAAUGGCAAAAGACUGGAAGCAGCUUAUACAUGUUGCUGCUAUCGAUUGUGCUGAAGAACGUAAUCUAGCAACAUGUGUACAUUAUCAAAUAGAAGGUUAUCCUUCUGUAAAGUUUUUUAAUGCAUCUGCUCCAAGCUCUAAUCUAGGCAAAACAUUUACAGGAGAAAGAACACUUCUAGGUAUUAUCCAUGAAAUGGUCAAGGUUGCUGAGCUACAAAAAACGCUUGGGUUAAUUCGUACAGAUUUGGAUUUUGUACCCAUAAGGAAAGAAUUUGUAUCCAGUUUUGUGGAGGGUAAAACAUCGUAUGAUGAGUUGGCAUUAAUUUUUGAGGUACCAACUUCAUACAUUGGUCGUGAGGUCAUGUUAGACAUGAUGAAAUGCCCAGGGUUGGGUGUCAGAAGAGUCCUGAGUCGAAAUAAAUUUUUGGUAGAGAAAUAUGCAAUAAAGAAAUUCCCUUCUCUUAUUGUGGUCCAUCGAAGAGGCACAUUUAAAGAACUUUCACAUGAUGAAAAGACACAUGCUAGCUACAAAAAAUCCCUUGAAGAACUUUGUUUAGGAGUGAAGCCUUCUGUGGAGCUCCCAGAAAUCACUGAAGCUAUGACUCUGUACAAGAGAUUGCAUGGAAAAGCAGAGAAAAGAAAGCAAGAAGCUGGAAGCAGUUCCGAGGUAUAUAUGCAAGACUUAGAAAGUGGUUUAUCUUUUAUGCUGAACGUUGAAGUGGCUACCAAGCCGAUCAUCCAGGGAGAUGAGUACUUGGCGCUGAGGAACUUUAUAGGAAUGCUGGCAAAGUGUUUUCCUGGAAGACCAUCCUUGGGCCAGGUGUUAAACAACUUACACGCCAAGUUGCCUCUCACGCGGACAAACAUUUUCAGGUCGGAAUAUUUGUACAAUGUGCAGCGAUCUCAGGCGAACGUGAAACUGGACGGUGGCUCAAACGCCCAUCCUCUACCCAAAAAGGUUAAGUGGGCGGCUUGUUCUGGUAGCAAGCCAGAGUACCGAGGCUACCCGUGUAGUUUAUGGACUUUAUUCCACACGCUCACCGUGAACUGCGGCUCGAGCCACCAGCUAACAGGUCUGGAUGUUCUCUCUCGUAUCAGAGAAUUCAUCCGCUACUUCUUUAGCUGCGAAGAAUGUAGGAAACACUUCACGGCGAUGUCUUCAAAUCUUAGUAACGAAGUCCAUUCGCACAACGAGGCAAUCCUAUGGCUGUGGCGGGGUCACAACAAGGUGAAUGAUCGACUGGCUGGCGACCAAAGUGAGGAUCCGAAGCACCCCAAGAUCCAAUUUCCGUCUAAGGACCUUUGUGAGGAGUGUCGGGUUCCUGGCUCUGAUGAUCACAACGUUCAGUGGAAUGAGGCGGUCGUCUUGGAAUUUUUGAAGAAUCAUUAUGGAGUAGACAAUAUCAGGAUUAAGAAACCGCCAGCGCGAUCAGCCCCAGAGUUAGAGGACACUGAUAUUGUAAGCAAACAUUCCAAGCGUCAUUCUGUUUCUCAUCUUAGUAUAAUCGGUCUGAGUUCCAUUGACGCCAGCAUGUGUCUGAUUUUAUAUUCAGCCAUAGCUUUUGCAGUUAUCGCCUUGUACAUCUAUUUCAUACGAAGGCGCCGGAGAAUCGUAAGGCUUCACGUUCACACACCUUAAUCUUAACAGAAAAAUUCUCAUGUGAUGCGUCGUGUCAGGGCACUUGUUGAUUCGAGAGAGUUAAGUUCACUUGAACACAAAUUGUUUAAAAAGUCAAUGUUCUGGUCGUUUCAUGCUUCGCCCUUGAUCAAUGGAAAUUCUUUCGGUUUUCUUUUAAAUCAUAGCAAGUUACAGGGUCAGAAGCUUUCAUUGCCGGCUAAAACUUGUUUAAAAUUCUCUCAGUCUAUUUUACUAUUAAUAUUUAUUUAUUUAUAUGAAAGCCGCUAAAGGGCACACUAUUCCCAAGACUAAAUUAAUUUGAGUUAUUUUUGAUUUUACUAGAUAAAGUAAUCGCAAAUCGGAAGUGAAAAUUUAACACGAUGUAUUUUUGCAAUUAAAUUUAAAAUUUAAAGCAAAGAAAUUAAAAAAAACAUACAAACAAACGUAUUUCCAUCACAAGAUUCCGUUUUUCUGUUGAAAGAUGUAUGAAAACUAACUUGGUUUAAAAUCGGAGCGGAAAAAAAACUUUGAUCUCCUCAUAAAUUUUCAUCGAGUAAGAUUUGAAUGUUGAGUUUAAAAAAGAAAAGAAGUUCCCAUAAGGUCUAGCGCGAAGUAUUGUAGAGUUUUAUUAGCACUACUGACCUUUCCUUUGUAGCUCCUCGAGCAAGGAAGCAUUUUAGAGUUAUAUUAUUAGUUGGAGAAAGUGGAACGUCUUAAAGUUUACAUGAUAUUGAAUUGUUAUAAAAUUUCCAAUGUACAUAAUGAUAUAUUAAUGGAUAGAGUUUUAGAUUGAAUUCAAUUUUAUUCUACGUUAUCGUCUUAAAUUUUAAAUCUUACAAGGCAAAAAGAUAAUCGCGUUUUAAAGCGCUAUUCUCUGUGAUUUUACCAACACUGAAAUCAGUCAAUCAGCCUAGACAGGCAGCUAGAACUGCUGAUUUUAUUUGAUCAUGUUCACACGUGAAUUAAGACACCUCUAAGAGUAAAUUGUUGCAACGAAUUAAAGAAUAUGACACUGGA